AUGAGUUCUUUAACUCAUGGAACCUCGGCAAUACCGAUCGAUGAUAAAAAGAAAGGAUUAAGUCGAGUUUUUGGAAGGAUGAAGACUGUUUUGAGGAGAAGUGAUGGAUCAAGGAGAUUAACUUUUGCUGGUAAGGCUUCAACUACAAGUGUCCCUAAGAUCACAGCACCAAGACCGCCAACACCAACGCCAACACCAACGCCAACACCAGCGUCAAAACCAACGUCAAAACCAAAGGAAACACCCGUUCCAACCGGCGCUAUCAAACCCAAACAAACCCAAACAUCUAUUUCCCCUCAACCCAUCCAAGUCUCCCGAGCCGAAAUCAAUGCCGAACGAGCUCGAAAAUUAGGUGAACGUUUUCAAUUACAAAUCGAAGCUCACGAAUGGCAAACACUUGAUGGGGAAAAAGAUGCAUGGAGAGUUGAAAAACCCAUUCGUGUGAGAAUUCAUCGCACUUGUCAUAAAUGUAAUAUGACAUUUGGAGCCCUUAAAAUAUGUGCCAAUUGCGAACAUCCAAGAUGUACAAAAUGUCCUCGGUAUCCAUUGAAGAAAAAGGAAAAGGGAAAGACGGCGGUAGCGAUUAUGGGUCCGAUUCCGGUUGUGGUUGAAAGGGAGGGGAAAGAAAUUGGGAAGUUGAGACUUACUUUACCGAGUCAUAAAAUUGGUGGUCAACCUUUGGUUAAGAAGAAGCCGAUGCAAAGAGUUAGAAGAACUUGUCAUGAAUGUUCUUCUUUGUAUUUGAUUGGGAGUAAAAUUUGCGCAACUUGUUCUCAUACUCGUUGUGCUGAUUGUCCACGAAAUCCAUCCAAGAAAAAGAAGUACCCAGACGGAUAUCCAGGCGAUCAACCUUCCUCCAUCACCCUCAAAUUCGCAUGUCAUGUAUGCGAUAAAACAUAUCCGAUUCUCGAUCCUGAAAUUCCUUCAUCCAGUAUUCAAGAAUGUCGUUGUUGUAAACAUGUCAAAUGUGAUAUGUGUAAAAUAGCUCUUCCUCGAAAAGUUAUACCAGAACCGGAUCCCGAAGUAUUGGAAAGGGUUGAAGAGAGAUUGAGGGGUUUGUCGAUUAGACAUCGGACUAUGGUUCGUUGA